CUUGUUGUUGUUGUUCGGCAGAUAGUUGUUCGGCGCAGAUAGUGAAUAAUAGUUAAUUACUAAAUUAGAUAUAAAUAGUACUUUACGGGCCUAAAGGUGCACGCAAGCCGCACGCACCCGCAUCCGGUCUGUCGGAAGCACCUCGAGAGAGUUGUGAUAAGCGGGAGGAGGAGCGAUUUCGAACAGAAACUAAUCUGCGACGAAUAGAUAAUUGCGAUAGUCCAGAAAGAUGAUAGGCUCGAUGGUGCGGAAACACUUUAAGCUGCUGGCCGCAGUGUGCCUGAUUUCGGUGCUGGCCGGUCUCGCGCCGGUAGAUCCGGUGAGUGCGGAGAAGGAAAUCCCGAUGACAAAAUUUAGCCAAAACAUGGGAGGUGGUGCGACCCUCACAUUCCUAUACUGUUACUCAUGUGGCUACCGGAAGGCGUUCGAUGAUUACUUCAACAUCAUCCACGAGAAGUACCCGGAAAUAACGAUCCGCGGUGGAAACUACGAUCCUUCCGGCUUCAACAUGGUGCUGUCGAAGGUGCUGCUAGUCACGAAGCUGCUGCUUAUCAUUGCCCUCAUGUCCAACUAUGACCUCGGCCGGUACAUCGGCAAUCCGUUCGCCGGCUGGUGGCGCUGGUGCUUCAACAACAAGCUGUACGCGUCCAUGAUGAUCUUCUUCCUUGGCAACACGCUGGAAGCGCAGCUCAUCUCGUCCGGGGCCUUCGAGAUAACGCUCAACGAUGUGCCGGUGUGGUCGAAACUAGAAACCGGCCGGUUUCCGGCCCCACAGGAAGUGUUCCAAAUCAUCGACAAUCACCUGCUGUUCUCGAACAAGAUCGAACCGAAGCCGGACUUUGUGAAGUAAACGGCACAUCCGGCAGGCACCUAAUGGUCCGAUCCUACGUGCCCCCGGGGGGGACCAUCCUCUAAUCCGUAACGUUCCGGGUCCCUAUUUCCUUCAAGGAGUUUUAUUCCACCAAACAACGAUACAAGUUCGAUCUUUUCUAUCGCCUGUCGACGAAAACAACAAACCAAACAUUUCCACAGAUCACGCCGUCGUUUGUUUAAACCCACAAUACUCGGUUGUGUUAGCAACAUCUGAGUGCAGGGAGGCUACUGCGAUCUUCUGUGCAAUAGGUUAGAUACAAUGGCAAUCCGGUCGUUGGAAACGUGCGUUUUACUACACGGUGGAGGUGGUGGUGAUGGAGUGAAUUGAAAUAAAGUGAAACCAAUAAAACGAUAAGCC